CGUCAGUCCCCAAGCUCUCCGCGCGGCCGCCCGCCCUCCCCGACCCCGUGUCUCUGGCCCGAUCCCCCGAGGCUGCCGGCGCAACGGAGGUGGGACCGAGGGGGCCGGAUGCUCGGAGACUCCCAGUCUCCAGCAGCCUCACUUCUAGGGAAACUGAGGCCUCCGCGCUGAGCCGCUGCCUCCGGGUGUGGAGGGUCCAGGCCUGAGCCUGGGCGAUGCUGAGCAUGGCCACUCUCUUCAACGGCCCUCCAGGCCAGCAGCCUGAGCCAGGGGCCCUCGACUUCCCCGGAAGCCCCCAGAAGUUGCCCUCCGCAUCGGAGGCAGAGUCAGAAGCUUCCAUGUCGGAGGCCUCCUCUGAGGACCUGGUGCUGCCCCUAGAGGUGGCCCCUGGUCGGGACGCGGACAAGGCUGCUAAGAAGGAGAAGAAGUCAAGAGGCCUGGCCAGUGUGUUUAGUGUCUUCACCAAAGGGAGGAAGAAGAAGCCUCAGCCCAGCUCAGCGGAGGCAGAAGGCGAGCCUGAGCCCCAGCCCCAGCUGGCCGACCGGCUGCCCACAGUGGAGGAGCUCAAGGCGGACCUGGAGCGCGGGCGGCUGGAGGCGGCGGGGCCGCUGCUGGCGCUGGAGCGGGAGCUGCAGGCGGCGGCGGCGGCGGGCGGCGCGAGCGCGGAGGAGCUGGUGCGGCGCCAGAGCAAGGUGGAGGCGCUCUACCUGCUGCUGCGCGACCAGGUGCUGGGCCUGCUGCGCCGGCCGCUGGAGGCGCCGCCCGAGCGGCUGCGCCAGGCGCUGGCGGUGCUGGCCGAGCAGGAGCGCGAGGACCGCGCGGCGGCGGCGGCGCGGCGGCGGGGGGGCCCCGGGCCCGCGUCGCUGGCGCCCACGCGGCCCCGGCGCUGGCUGCAGGCGUGGCGGCGCGGCGUGGCGCAGGCGGCCGAGGAGCGCAUGAGCCGGCGGCCAGCCGCGGACGCCGAGGGCCGCUCGGAGGCCGAGCGCGUCUUCGAGCACAUGGGCCGCACCAUGAGGGAGGACCUGGAGGCCGUGGUGGAGCGGCUGAAGCCGCUGUUCCCCCCCGAGCUCGGCGUGGUGGCCGCCUAUGCCGAGAGCUACCACGAGUACUUCGCGGCCCAGCUGGCGGCCGUGGCGCAGUUCGAGCUGUGCCCGCGAGACACCUACAUGCUCCUGGUCUGGGUGCAGAACCUCUACCCCAAAGAGGUCAUCAACAGCCCCAAGCUGGCGGGCGAGCUGCAGGGAGUCGGGCUUGGGAGCCUCCUGCCCCCCAAGCAGAUCCGGCUGCUGGAGGCCACGUUCUUCUCCAACGAGGCGGCCAGCAUGAGGGAGCUGAUGGCCCGCGCCCUGGACCUGGAGUUGAAGUGCUGGGACCAGGAUGCGGCUCCCCAGAAGCUGGACGGCCACUGCCACAGUGAGCUGGCCAUAGACAUCAUCCAGAUCAUCUCCCAGGGCCAGGCCAAGGCCGAGGAGAUCACGCCUGACGUGGGUGCACAGAUGAAGCGUGUGCUGCAGGUGGAGCUGGCUGCGGUCCUCAGGAGCUACCAGCGCGCCUUUAAUGAUUUUCUGGAGAGCAGCAAACAUCUGGGAAAUUACAGGGCCAAUGUCAUCGCCAACAUCAACAACUGCCUGUCCUUCCGAACGUUCAUGGAGCAGAAGUGGCAGACAGCACAGGACCUCCUGAGCCACCUGCUGAACCCUCUGAAUGAGCUCAAGAGUCGUGGCUUUGAUACCCUGCUUCAGGGCCUGUUUGGGGACCUGAAGCCGCUGUUUAAGAAGUUCUCGCAGACCCGCUGGGCAGCCCCCGCGCAGACCCUGGAGCAGAUCAUCUGUGCUGUGAGGGAACGGCUGCCCGAGUUCGAGGAACUGCACGACUGUUUCCGGGAGGAGCUCAUGGAGGUCAUACACCUGCACCUGGUGAAGGAAUACAUCGUCCGCCUCAGCAAGCGGCGCCUGGUCCUCAGGACACCGGAGCAGCAGCAGCAGCUGGCGGGGCACAUCCUGGCGAACGCAGAGCUCAUCCAGAACUUCUGCACGGAGAAUGGCUCCCCUGCAACCUGGCUGCAUCGUGCCCUCCCCACACUCGCCGAGAUCAUUCGCCUGCAGGACCCCAGUGCCAUCAAGAUCGAGGUAGCCACUUAUGCCACCUGGUACCCUGACUUCAGCAAAGGCCACCUGAGCGCCAUCUUGGCCAUCAAGGGGAACCUGUCCGGCAGUGAGGUCAAGAGCAUCCGAAGCAUCCUGGACAUCAACACAGGGGCGCACGAGCCCUCCAAGCCCCUAUUUUCACUUAUAAAUGUUGGUUAGCUUUUUCCGCGGCCUGGCCUGCGUGUGAGCCGCGUGUGAGCCCCUGGUGAGCCUCGGGCGCGGGGCCGUUCGGGCCCCAUCAGCUUCACAGCCCUUCACAGCCCGGCAUAGGCAUCCUGCCUCCUGCUGCUGCUGCUGCUGCUGCUGCUGCUGCUGCGCAGCCGUGGCCAAGGCACUGGAAUUGGACAGGCCCUGGUUUGUUUACCCCUCCUGUGGGGGCAGGAGCACCUGCUGUGGGAGCCACGGAGGCCACGCCUGAGAAACUCUCUGUGAAUGAGUGUUGAUCUUGCGUGUCCUGAAGGAGGGGCUGGGCUGGGGAGCGGCUAGGGGUCAGCGAUCCUGGCUCUCUGCCUGAAGGAGGAGCCGGGCCGGGGAGCGGCCAGGGGUCAGAGAUCCUGGCUCUCUGCCUGUCUGUGGGGGUCCUCCUCAUGGCUGGGUUGAAGCGCCUUCCCAGCCCCCCAAGCCCCCUGCCCCCAGCCUCCCCGCUCCUGCCUCCUUUGGUCCAGGGCUGCUCUGAGCUGGGCUCAGCAGGUGUGUGGAGUGGAAGACAGAACUGAAAGGAAAAAAGAAAAAGAUGAGCUCUUAUCUGGGGCCUGGAAAGGAGCCUGUGGGAUCACACAGCAAGCUGGGGGCAGAGCCAGCCCCGCCGCGGCGCAGACCCUGUCCCCUCUCUGGUGCCCCUCCUUCCCCUGAGAACAGGCCCCGGGGCUCCGAGGACCUCCUGGGUCUUCUCUCUGCUGCCCUCCCCCACUCGUGCCUUCCCCCCUCCCCGGGGACGGGCGCAGGGGUGCCCUGUGGGCCCUCCGCUGGAGCUCAGGCUGAGGUCUGGGCAGAGCAAGCUGGAGCCCUAGCCCCGCGGCCUCUGUUUUAGUUCCGACUGCCACUUCCGCGACUUUUCACCAACUUCGUAGCUUAAGACAAGAACUCGUCUUUCCCUUUGGAGGUCAGACGUCUGACAUGGGUCUAGCAGGCUGAAGCCAAGGUUUCGGCCAGGCUGGUUCCCUCUGGAAGCUCCUUCGGGGAAUUUCCUCACCUUUCCAGUUUUUCGAGGCCACGGGCCCAGAUGUCUUGGCUCGUAGCCCCCUUCCAUCUUCAAAGCCGGACGUGGCAGCUCACCGCCCGGCAUCCUCCUCUGCCUCCGCUUCCGCUUUAAGCCCCUCAAGAUGACCUUUGGCCACGCAGACAGUCCAGCCUCCUCUCCCGAUGUUAAGGCCAGCUGACCAGCAACCUUAAUUCCACCUGACACCUUGAUGCCUCAUUGCCAUGGGCCGCACAUAGUUACAGGUCUGGGGGUAGGAUGGGGGCAUUUUCGGGGCAUUAUUUUGCCCAACACAGCCUCCAUCCAUCCACCGCCCCAUGGGGUGCCUUGUUCUUCCCCAGGAAAACGUGGGUUCAGUUACCCUCCUGGGCCUCUGCUUGCCUUUAAGGCGCACUCAGCACGAGGGGGCAGAUCCAACUUGGGCGCGACCCCGCCUCGCCCUGCCUCUGAGAGCAUUGCAGGGGUGUCAGUUCUCGAGGGCCUGUCCCCCCCUUUCCAGGUACUGUGGCCAGAAACUGGCCGUGUAAAUGGUGUACAAAGGCCUUUGUACAUUUAUAGGAGUAGCGUGUUUGAUGUUAUUAUUAUUUUUUUGGUAGUACUGCUUUUGUAUGUAUGUACUCAGAAAAAGACCUGGGUUUUUAUAGUUUGAUAUAAAGCUGAUUUCAAAAGUG